AUGGCUCACAACACAGUCUGUGGUUCGAUGGCAAUCGGUCGUCCAACCCGGCAAGAAGACUUCAGACACGAACCUCCAGUUAUCAGUCUUGCCGGAGAGCAUUACUUCUUCAGUGGUCCCAUCAGAAGCUACGGACGGGUGCACGAGCUGGCCUCCAAGGCCACGAACAUCGACCUUGACCAUGAAUAUGGAGGUAAAAGCUCCGAGUAUCUUAUUCUUGGUCCAGACAAGCGAUUCUUCCGAUGUACUCGUUCCUGGACAGGACAAGUUGCUGCCCGAAGCACUGGCGACUUUGAGGACUACGAAGAAAUUGGCGACCUCUUCUCUGAAAACGAUGUUGAACGCCCGCUAUUCCUCUAUUUCGGUCCUAACCGAACAUUCUACACUCGCAUAGCAGACGGCACUGAGAAGUGGAAGCUGUCUCAUGACAUCAUCCACAACGGUCUUCAGACCACUGCUCACGCGACAGUAUCUGGGGUUAAGGGCCUCUGGCUCGGUGUCAGUUGCGCAUGGGUUGCUCAAUACCGAGACGAUCGCUUCCAGUUUGACCUCAAAGGUCAGUAUGCUGGCCUUGAAGCCACCCUGCGAAAGAAGCAGGAGGAAGAAGUCUGCAUUGCUGCACUGGCCUUGAACGUGACAGAUGGAAGCUCAUAUGCGUGUGUCUUUGAGGAUGGUACUAAGAAAUACGAGGCUGGGUCAGCUGCGUUUGAUGGCAAGGAGUUUGAACGCUGGUGCGAUGAGAACUUCAAGUACCCUCAGAGGGUGCGCUACUAUUGA